AAAAAAAAGUACAAACGUUCAUACAAGCAGGUUAACGACGAUGAUUGUCUAAAUUUCCUAGUCGCUGUCACCGGAACCGUAUUACAUUUAGAAUAUCUUCUUGCAAUUGAUCGGAUCAGCGAGUUAUAUUAUCUCGUUUGAUUAAUCAACCAAAAAAUCUUAAUUAAAAAAUGGAGGAAUUGUCAAAACACUUAAAUUCGAUCAAGAUCGUUCAGAGAACCGACAAGGUUUACAAAGACGAGUGUGUUUACUCUUUUGACACUCCGGAAACUGAAACUGGCCUUUACAUCAGUUUAACCAGUUUUCUUGGGUUAGGUCAGGAUCAUGUUCAACGCUAUUAUGAAGCCACCAAACAUCCCGUUUUUUUACACGUCAAAAGAAAUAAAAAAGAGAAUACAGCGGAACAACGCGGCGAUGGACCUGCAAAGAAAAUCACUCGUUUGGCAAUUGGAACACCCGGAGGCUUCACGCCUGAUCAACCAAAAUACACUUUUGAAGAAACUUUCCAAAUUGUUGUGCUGCCAAACUUCGAAACUGUGCCGUAUCCAUCGGACAACCUGCCUGAUCAGGUCAAAGCUAGUGUUGCGUCGGUCCUGGAGGCAGAAUCUGCUGUAAAAGUUGCUGAAAUGGAAGGAUUAGCAGGAACAUGGGACGGCGAAGCAAAAAUUGUGACGAAACAUGCUGCGAAUCUAUUGCAAUUAGAGAAUGGACGAAAAAUUCCACCUAGUGGCUGGAAAUGUGACAAGUGCGAUCUCACUCAAAAUCUUUGGUUAAACUUGACGGAUGGGACGAUACUGUGCGGUCGCAAAUUUUACGACGGUACAGGAGGGAACGAUCAUGCGGUCGAACAUUAUCGAGCGACGGGUCAUCCGCUCGCGGUGAAAUUGGGCACAAUUACGAAAGAGGGUAAAGGCGAUGUCUUCUCGUACGACGAGGACGACAUGGUCGAGGAUCCGAAUCUCAUCGUGCAUCUUGCCCAUUGGGGUAUAAAUAUCGCCCAGAUGGAAAAAACGGACAAAUCGAUGAUCGAGCUCGAGCUCGAUUUGAAUCAGAAGUUUGGCGAGUGGGUCGCCCUCCAGGAAGCUGCCAGUAAGCUCACGCCCAUUUAUGGCCCAGGGUACACCGGUCUCACGAAUCUUGGGAAUUCGUGCUAUUUGAAUAGCGUCAUGCAAACUAUAUUUGUUAUUCCGGAUUUCGUCAAAAGAUACGUCGAAGCUGCACCGGAAAUAUUCCAGGGAAAUACGAACGAUCCACCGAGCGAUUUCAAUGUACAAAUGGCUAAAUUGGGCAGUGGAUUGCUUUCGGGUAAAUACUCAGUUCCUCCACCGGUUGAGAGCGAGGACGAAGGACGUCAAGGGAUUCCUCCACGGAUGUUCAAAAUUCUGAUUGGUCGAGGAAAUCCAACGUUUGCCUCGAACCGACAGCAAGACGCACCGGAAUUUUUCCUCCACCUCAUUAAUAUCAUAGACCGUCACAGUGUUAAUCGGACGAAUCCUGCCGAAUGUUUCAAAUUCAAAGUUGAGGAACGAUACGAGUGUGGGGGCUCGAAAAAAGUAAAAUACUCCUAUCGACCGGAAUACUUGUUGCCACUGCCGAUACCGCUCGAUGCAGCUACGAAUAAGGACGAAGUAGCGGCAUACGAGGCUGAGAAGAAAGAGGCCGAAGCCAAAGGUCAGAGGGUCGAGUCGGUAGCAACCGUAAGGCCUCAUAUAAAACUACUCUCGUGCCUCGAAUCGUUUGCUCGUGCGGAAACGGUCGAACAAUUUUACAGCACUGCCCUGAACGAAAAAACAACAGCGACAAAAAUAACGAGGCUCGCCACAUUUCCGGACUACCUAUUGAUCCACUUGAAAAAGUUCACCAUGAGAGAAGAUUGGACGAGUGUUAAAUUGGACGUUGCUAUCGAGAUGCCCGACGUUUUGGAUCUCACUUGGUUGAGGGGUGGUGGAUUACAGCCUGACGAGGAAUUAUUACCGGAGUCUGAGCCACCACCACCUGUUUAUGACGAAGAAAUUCUCAGCGAAUUAACGAGAAUGGGAUUCCCACCGGAAGCUUGUAAGCGGGCUCUCUACUCGACCGGUAAUAAAAGUCUUGGAGCUGCGCUCAACUGGGCUCUCGAGCAUAUUUGUGAUUCUGAUUUCGCCAACCCUUUUGUACCACCGGGUAUCGAUGCCAAGCCUGACACCGGCAAAAGUACUUUCGUACCAUCCCCUGAGAGUUUAGAAUAUCUGUUGGGUUUGGGUUUUACGGACACACAAGCAGCAAAGGCUCUCGAAGCAACGGAUAACAACGUGGAACGAGCGGUCGACUGGAUAUUCAGUCAUCAAGAAGACGAGGCUUCGGCAGCUGCUCCCAUGGAAGAGGAUUCGGCUGGACGGCCACCCGCGGCAGCUUUCAGGGACGGAAACGGCCGCUAUCAACUCGUUGGGUUUAUAUCACACAUGGGAACCUCUACGAUGGUCGGUCACUACGUGUGCCAUUUGCUCAAGGACAAUCGAUGGGUUAUAUACAACGAUGAAAAGGUUGCUUUAUCGGAGAAUCCACCAAAGGAACUGGGUUACAUUUACAUGUACAAACGUCUAGAAGGAUCACCAGCAACUUCCAAUUUGGAUUAACACCCGUUUUGUAUUUAAAUACUGCGCGUGUUUUGCAUUUACACAUUUUAACAAUAAUAAUAAAACAAUUUCAAUAUAUAAAAAA